GAGAACGCCUCGCCAACCACAGCCGAGCUUUCUACACUGCCACAGCACUCGUUGCUACUCCCGCCCAGCGCGAUGAGUACUGCAUCCCUAUAUGCUCUCCACCUCGUAGUCGUUUGCCCAAAGAGCUCCUAAGCAGUCCUUAUUGAUUUCAGUUGACCAAAGAAAUGGUGAUGGAGAAGCCAAGUCCCCUGCUUGUCGGGCGGGAGUUCGUGAGGCAGUAUUAUACGCUCCUUAACCAGGCACCAGAUUUCCUGCAUAGGUUCUAUGGAAAAAGUUCAUCCUAUGUUCAUGGUGGUUUGGACACGAAUGGGAAACCUGCGGACGCUGUAUACGGCCAAACUGACAUCCAUAAGAAAGUAAUGUCCUUGAAUUUCAAGGAUUGUCGUACAAAGAUCCGCCACGUUGAUGCUCAUGCCACUCUAAAUGAUGGGGUUGUGGUACAAGUGAUGGGGGAGCUGUCCAACAACAGGCAGCCAAUGCGGCGCUUUAUGCAGACCUUUGUGCUGGCACCAGAGGGAUCUGUGGCAAACAAGUUUUAUGUCCAUAACGACAUAUUCCGUUACCAAGAUGAAGUUUUUGGUGACUCUGACACAGAGCCUCCCGAAGAAUCAGAUGAGGAAGUAGAUGAGCCGGAGGAGAGACAACAAACUCCAGAAGUAGUUGCCACAGAUGACGGCAACUAUUAUGAUCAGUCUGGCAGUAAUAAUGACUUGGAUGAGGCACUGGAGGAGCAGAUUGUGGAACCUGAACCCGAGCCAGAGCCUGAACCAGAGCAGGAUCCAGAGCCGGAGGUAGUUGAAGAAAAGUGUGAACCAGUGUCUGAGGAACUGGCCCCAGAAGAAGAAGAGGCGGUGGAAAAGAGCCCAUCUCCUCUUCCAGCAGACCCAGCACCAGUAGUACAAGAGGACUCAAGGACGUUCUCAUGGGCAUCUGUAACAAGCAAAAAUCUUCCUCCCAGUGGAGCUGUACCGGUGUCCGGAAUCCCACCUCAUGUUGUCAAAGUUCAACCAUCACAACCUCGGCCAGACACUAAACCUGACAACCAAACAUCAGCACAGAGACCACCACAGAGAGAUCAACGAAUCAGAGAACAGAGGCCAACAGUAGCCCCACCACGAGGCGGGCCCAGACCUGGUGAGGAUAUAAAAUUACGAGAGGGUGAGCCAGGAGAGUUGGAAACACGACGUAUCAACAGGUAUCCAGAUAGCCACCAGCUUUUUGUGGGUAAUCUGCCACAUGAUGUUGACAAGAGUGAGCUCAAGGAGUUCUUCCAGGCUUAUGGCACAGUCGUUGAGCUUCGUAUAAACAGUGGUGGAAAACUUCCCAACUUUGGCUUUGUGGUAUUUGAUGAUGCUGAGCCAGUUCAGAAAAUCCUGGGAAGUCGGCCUAUCAUGUUCCGUGGAGAGGUACGUCUAAAUGUGGAAGAAAAGAAAACGCGUGCUGCCAGAGAGGGUGACCGUCGAGGUGACAGACCCCGUGGCCUUGGACCACGUGGAGGUCUUGGAGGUCUGAGAGGACCACCACGCGGCGCAAUGUCACAGAAGCCUGGUUUUGGGGCUGGAAGGGGUGUUCAAGGUCCACGCCAGUGAUUUUUGUCUUCCUUGGUUUUAUUCAUAUUUUUUUUUGGAGUGGCUUCUAACAUCAAAUGGGGUGUAGCCCCAUUUACCCUGCAGCCUUCUGAAACGUGGAUGUUUAGGCAUAUUGUCCCAACGCGAUGGACUGCUACACUUCAUCUGUCCCAUCCCAACCCUUUGUGUUGCAAUUUUACAGAUUUUUUUUUCUUUUUCUCCUUUUCCCAGAAUCCAGCAUUUGUUGGACAAGGUCUUUUUAGUGGGGGUGAUUUAAAUAUUAAAAAUAAACCCUGCUUUCAGGAGUCAGAAGAAAUUGAACAUUUCCUGAAUUCAAGGAAGUCCACCAGUGUGUUUGGGAAUGCUGGUGUAGGCUCUUGGUUAUUGACUGACAGACUAUUAUUCCGACACUUUACUCAACCCUCUGUGUAGGAAAGACUAGUCAUUGGCACAGUAUUCGCGUCUCGGUAGUAUAUAUCCAUUGAAGCUGUGAGUAGUGAUGAAGAAGGCAGUGGCUUAGUGCAGCUGCUUAAAAUCUCCAUCCAUGCUGUUUUACUGCAAAAUAAUGAGGUGUUCAUUGGAAUUUCUAUACUAACAUUUUUUUAUACCGCACCAUCAAGGAAUUGAGAAAAUUCUGAAAACUUUUACCACUCAAAUUUUGGAUUUUGGGAUAGGUUUUAAAUGUCUAGCUACUUGACUUUAAAACAUGGUUUGUUUGUUUUUUUAGUUUCUUCUCUUUUUUUUUUUUUUUUCUUUUAUAGGGAUUUUUUUUCCUUGUGGUUUUUAGUUUGUAUUUGUAAAAAACAAAAACAAUUUAAAAAAAAAAAGAACGAGAGCAAAAUUGUUGUGCCUUCUAUUUAUCUCUCAUUCCAGUUUCGGCAAGAUGUUAAAAAUAAAAACGCAUAAAAAAUUGA